UUCGAAUAGCGUGUUGCUAAUAACCGGCGUCGGAGCUUUCAAAAAAACUUUAUUGACAGCUGUCAAUAGACAGGACAGUCAGCAGCGGCCGACGGGCCGUUUUCACCCGCACAGUGUGAGCUCUCUGGUCGUGUUCGAUGAUCGGACCGUACAGUGUGAGUACAUAAAUCGUGAGCUUUGGUCGUACAUCGUAGACGAUUACUCGUCAAAAAUCGUACAGUGUAUGCCCGCCCACGAGAGAGGGAGAGAGAGAGAGAAGUGCGAAAGAAGGAGAAUUAACUGCAGACUUAUGUCAAGUUUGUCAGGGUAAAAACCGGAAGUGGCGGGACUCAUCCUUCAAAAUAAUGUUACAGUUGGAGGAAAAUAUAAACGACGGUUUGGAAAUAAACCGUUUUUUAAGUCUACAGGAGGGGCUCCGCGACCAUUAGGGUGUUGGCAUAGGUACUGUAAGGGGGUGGGAUAUUAUUUUAUGUAUGAUGUUUUUGAUAAUUUGUCGUGUUAUGUAUUUAGAUUCUUUCCGUCAUGGACCUCGGUUGUGGCCCACGACACCAAGCCAAUGUGUUCAUGUGUUUUCCAGGAAGAAUGUUUUCAAGUAAUCAAUGAUGUAUUAAAAAGAAGCAAGAUAUUUACCCGUUAUAAAAUGGCUCAGUAAUCUGCAGACGAUACAGAAGAUUGGUGCACUUCGCUGGACCUCCUGUUCCCAAAGGCCGCUGGGUUCACCCCCAGCUGCUGGGUGAUCUCUCCUUCUUACUCAUUCUUUGUUACUUAUACUUUUGCCCCACCUAGUUUUGAUGGGUCUCAACCAGUGACUAACAUGUUUAUGCUCUGUUACUGGGCAGAGCUCACAAGGCACAGCAAGUUUCACCAACCAUCUGGCCUUGGCAGAAUGGGUCACAGUCAAAACAAGUUGCACAGUCAGUUUCAUAAAUUGGCAUCUUAAUACUCAUCAAUUUCCAGUCAAUUCGAUUGUAUAUAUAUGUCACAUGAAAUAUUUUUGUUCAGAAUAAAAUUAAAAUUAAAAAAGUGAUUUAUUUAAAAUUAAACUAAAGCAGAACCAACUAACAUGGUUUAUACAUUGCACCAGGCCAAUAUAAAACCAAAUGUUAUAAAGUAAGGGGGCCCUACUCAAUUUCUCCAACAGUUUUACAAUAACACAAACUUACCAUGGGAGGCAGUGGGGGAUCGACAACAUUAUUUUCUCGGUUGAUUUUGGUGUAAAAGGCAUCUGCUGAAUAAAAAAUAAGACAUGUAGCAGUAGGAGGCGCAUAAAGCCUUACAGCGUAGUCAUUGUCAGUAUUUCAUUAACACAUCAACCGUCCCUGAAAGUCUCUGAACUCAAGCUUUUAUAAUGAAAGUCUACCAGAAGUGAUGGGUCGUCACUGACAGGUGUUGGCGGCAUUGGGACAUACGGGGACUGCGGUGAUAAACAAAUACACGCAGUGAAACGUCACAGACUCUGCUGCAGUUUUAACACGGAACUGAAAAGAUGCAGUGAGUUUUACAUGGGUCAGAACCUGGACCUGGCCUGAACCAGAACUCCUGAUACGGUGUAUGUCACACCUACCCAUUAAUACACUCACUAACACAGACAUACACAGAGCGGAGGAACAUGACGGAGUUAAGGAGGCGAGGAGGCGGCGGAGACGAUGGAGGAAGAGCCGAGGACAUGAGCGACAAGGAGGCGGACUCGGACCACAGGCCUCAGUCCGAUGCUGAAGUUGAUGCAGACUUGGAUGUGGACUGUAAAGCAGAGGGCACAGAUGUUCCUGAUGUUCUUCUGUCCACAGCUGACACUGACAACACUCCAGAGUGUCUGAACAAAGCUCUAGAGGGGCUGCCACCCAGAUGGAAGAAUUACUGGAUCCGUGGAGUUUUGUCAAUGGCCAUGAUUUCAUUUUUUUUUCUCAUCAUCUGCAUGGGACCCAUUAUUCUCAUACUAACGGUGAUGAUGGUGCAGAUCAAGUGUUUCCAGGAGAUCAUCACCAUUGGCUACAGAGUUUAUCGUUCGUACGAGCUGCCGUGGUUCAGGACUCUGAGCUGGUGUUUCCUCAGGUAUUUCCUGGUCUGUGUGAACUACUUCUUCUAUGGCGAGACCUUGGCUGACUACUUCGGAGCUUUAGUUCAGAGGGAGGAGCCUCUGCAAUUCCUGUCUCGUUAUCAUCGCUUCAUCUCCUUUGCUCUCUACCUGGCAGGUUUCUGCAUGUUUGUGCUGAGUUUAGUGAAGAAACAUUAUCGCCUGCAGUUUUAUAUGUUUGCUUGGACUCAUGUGACUCUGUUGAUUGUUGUAACUCAGUCUCACCUCGUCAUCCAGAACCUAUUUGAGGGAAUGAUCUGGUUUAUUGUGCCGAUCUCCAUUGUCAUCUGUAAUGACAUAAUGGCAUACCUGUUUGGAUUCUUCUUUGGCCGGACCCCACUCAUCAAACUUUCUCCUAAGAAGACGUGGGAAGGUUUCAUUGGUGGUUUCUUCUCCACUGUCUUAUUCAGCUUCAUGCUGGCAUACCUGCUCUCUCAGUUCCAGUACUUUGUCUGUCCUGUCGGCUUCAACAGUGAAACAAAUGGCUUUACGAUUGAGUGUGAGACCACAGAAAUCUUCAUUUUACAGAUGUACACACUCCCUGCUGUCAUCCAGAACACACUUGGAUGGAAAACAGUGAAGCUGUAUCCCUUUCAGAUCCACAGCAUCUUCCUCUCCAGCUUCGCCUCCCUCAUUGGACCAUUUGGUGGCUUUUUUGCUAGUGGCUUCAAACGAGCUUUUAAAAUCAAAGACUUUGCAAGCACGAUCCCGGGACAUGGUGGCAUCAUGGACCGUUUCGACUGUCAGUACCUGAUGGCCACGUUUGUUCAUGUUUACAUUGCUAGUUUCAUCAGAGGUCCAAAUCCCAGUAAAGUCCUGCAGCAGCUGCUGAUGCUUCAGCCUGAGCAGCAGCUCAGUAUCUUCUUCACUCUGCAUAGUCAGCUCAAAGAGAGAGGCCUGCUACCCCCUACAGACUGAAUCAGGAACUGGCAGUUUGGCAGUCAGUCUGUCUGUCUGUCUGCAUGAGUGUGUACGACAGUGUAUGUGUGUUUGUGUGCGAAAGAUGACUUGGAGGACCUGACCUGGACAUGACAGGACAUCACAUAGGCACCAGACUACUUUUUAUUUAACAGACUACAAGUCUGUGAGCACCAGGAGACAGGGUUGUAAAAAUAUAUUCACCAAUGGUAUGAAUAUUUUGAAAAUGUGUUAUUUUAGUCAGCAUUUCUGUGCAGUUGUUUUAGCAGCAUCACUGCUGAGUCUCAGUUAUUGAGUCACAGACAUUGGCUGUAUAUAAGGCAUAAACAAAGCUAUCUCCAUUGCCUGUAUUUCUAUUACAGGUGAUGGUUGCAGAGAAACGUGGGAAGGAACGCCACAGGUCAAUAAAAAAUAUAAUCUUACUUGAA